AUGUCCUCGGCCACCGCGACCCCGGCGGCCGCCGUCUGGACCUCCCCUGGCCCCGCCGGCGCCCCCCCCUUCUCGCCCAAGCUGCAGCAACCCGUCAAUCCCGAAGCAUCAAUUUCUGGUGGGAUCCGGCCCGCGGCAUGGCCGACGAGCGAGGGCCCGAUCGAGCGGCCGGACGGCUUCCUGCAGCGGAGGGAUGAGCGAAGCGGGGAGACGGAGCUGGUGUUCGAGAUGGCGCGCGGGGAGCUGAGGCUGACCUGCGGCGCGGCCGAGCAGGACGCCGUGGACGCCUUUGUGGCGUCGUUCCUGCGGUUCCUGGCCACGGGCGCAUGGGAGGGCGGGCCGGCCGGUCCGCUGGGAUCGCCGGCGGUGUCAAUGGGCAGGCACGGCGCCGCGGCGGUGAGGGGGUACGUUUUCUCGCUGGGGCUGACGCCGCGGUUCGCGAUGCUGCUGCUGCCCUACUGGCUACCCGGCGAGCGCGGAAGGGUCAGGGAGCGCGCGAAGUCGCCGUGGGCCAGCCCGCAGGUGUCACUGUUGUGCCAGAGGCUGCAGAGGCUGCCGAUCGGGAAGCCCCGAGAUGCGGAGGCCGGCGGGAAGGGGGUGGAUUGUUUCGCACCUCCGGGGAUUUCUGCCGAGGGCGCGGCCGGGGAGUUGGUGGGCGGGAAGCGCGAGGCGUCGCUUGGGGCCCCAGCGGGGCAGGGCGGCCGCCCGCGGCGGGCCUGCGCGCGGGACCCGCUCAGAGUCGACGCGCGGGGGGCUGGCAAGGCCGAUCGGAAGCGAUCAAGGGAGGGCGGCGGAUCGGCGCGGGAGCGCGGGUGGAGGAAGCGGGGGAAGUGGGUCGGGCCGGGGCGCGCCUGGGGCGCAGCUCGAUCGGCGGGGGGGCACAAGCGCGGGCCGGAGGGCGAGGCAUCGCCGGACGGGGCCCGGAGGGCCGAGGCGCGGCCGCCGUGCAGGCGCCGGCUCCGUUGA